GCCCCGUUUGGCUUCACGUGGGUUGAUAGUGGAAGAUUGAUUACAUCGCCGGGAUUUGCCGUGGAGGCAUAGCACGCAGGCGGACUGAGAUUUGCUCUCUUAACAGCUGGAAAAAGACAUUAUUAUCAUAUAUUUAAGUCAGUGUCUAAGUACUAUUUACUAAAUAACAUUUAGACAUUUUACGUGCCCCUAAGUAGUCGUGCCAGACUUGGACUUGGGUGUCGGGGAGCUCCUCCGCAGUGUUCCGUGGAUGUGUGGAGGUAGCACGCCGGGGAGUGGGUUGGGUCGCCCGGGUGCCUGGCACAGAUCCUCGGCGCUCAGACGCCAAAGGUGAGCGGAAGAAAAAAAACCCACAAAGAAGGUGUAGUGCUUGCGGAGGACGUCGUACGAGUGGAAGGCACCUUGUGUGGAUUUGUCAAGACAAGCUGAGCGGGAUUCGUCUUCCUUUUUCCGGGUCUGGAGGAGCCGUCGUCCAAACAGGAAGAGCGGACAUCGCUGGGGUGGCUCAGCCGGGCAAGGCACGAUGGCAACCGGUGUGCUCCUCGUCGCCUUCACGCUGCUUGCAGGUGCCGCCGUGGCCCAGAGAGUGGUGACGGUGCAGAGCGGGCCGCUCGUCCGGACCGAGGGCUCCCACGUGACCAUCUGGUGCAACGUGACGGGCUACAAAGACGGUGUGGAGCAGGACUUCGAGUGGUCCAUGUACCUGGCGUCCGCGGCGGACCGGGAGAUCCGCAUCGUGAGCACGGCCCAGCCCAACUACGCCUACGCCGUCUACGCCCAGAGGGUGAACAGCAAAGAUAUCUACGUGGAGAGGCUGAGUCGUGACUCGGCCUUGCUGCACAUCACCAAGGUGCAGGCCAAGGACCAGGGCCUGUUUGAGUGUUACACGCCCAACACGGACGGCCGCUACCUGGGCUCCUACAGUGCACGCACCAACCUCACCGUUAUUGCUGACUCCCUCACAGUAACGGCUCCAGCCCAGACUCUUUCCAAAGUGGAAGGCGACACACUACAACUCACCUGUGAAGUGUCCAGGACCACAAUGCAACACACACACUUGUCAGUGGGUUGGUAUCUGAAAGCCCCGGAUGACACAACAGCCCCCCCACAGGAGCUGCUCACCCUGUCGAAGGACUUUGUUUUACGGUCUGGGGGUCCGUACCGGCAGAGGAUGGCAGCGGGGGACCUCAGGCUGGACAAAACCAGCGCCACCUCCUAUCGACUGACCAUCCACAAGCUGCAGCCGGUGGACCAGGGCCUGCUCUACUGCCAGGCGGCCGAGUGGAUCCAGGACAGCGAUGGCAGCUGGUUUGCCAUGACCCGCAAGCAGAGCGACAAGACUCAGCUCCGCGUUCAGCCCACUGAUCGUGACUUCAGCAUCCAGGUGAGCACGGAGCGACGGUCCUUCACGGCCGGUGAGCCGCUGGAACUCCGCUGUGCCAUCGAGGCGCAGAACGUCCCCGAGCGCUUCUUCUCGGUGUCGUGGGUCUUCAGCAGCUCACCGGUGGCCGUGGUGGGCCCCGGUGCCGUGCCCGUCCUGGGCCCCGACUACGUGGCCCGUGAAGCCGCCGGCCACAUGACCGUGCGCAAGGAGAGCGUCAAUGUGCACCUGCUCAAGCUGCAGCAUCUGCGCACCGAAGACGCCGGCAAAUACAUCUGUCGCGUGACGGAGCGGGAAAAGACGCCCACGGGAGACUUUAUCGACCGCAGCAAGAGGUCCCGCAAUGUUCAGAUCACGGUGCAGCCGCUCAAGAGCAACAUCACCGUGUUGUUAUCAAGCAACUCUUCCGAGGUCCUGGAGGGCAACAUGGUGCAAUUGACUUGCUUGGUCCACUCCACUACAGGCCCACUGUCUGUGGUCUGGCAGGUGACUGACAAGCAGGGAGACGGUCUGGCCCAGGAGCUAGCCUCUUUGGAUCGCGAUGGCACCGUGCGGCACAGCGACGCCUACAAAGAGCGCGCCAGCUACGGCGAUAUACGCGUGGAGAGGCUGGGGGCUGACACGUUCACGCUCUCCGUGUACAACGCCUUGCCUGACGAUGAGGGCUUGUACGAAUGCACUGUGACAGAGUGGUUUAAAACGGGAACUGAACCUGAGCAUACCUGGGGGAAGAUUGGAGAGACAUCUGCCACGGAGACUAUCACAGUCAAAACUGUUGAGUCCUCCUUCAUGGUCUCAGCCUCGUCACGGACCCCGUCUGUAACCUUCGGCGACUCCUUCGAGCUCCUGUGCUUGGUCAAACCCCGCCACAACCCUCGCGUCCCCACCUCAGUCACCUGGCGCUUCAUACCGUCUGGCAUGGAGGCGGCCGACGAGGGCGAGUUCAAGGAGCUGGUGACUUUCACCCGAGAGGGCACGCUGAAGUGGGGGGCGCAGCUGCUGGGACUGGGAACCCGUACCACCGUGGACCGCUCUCACUCCAACACCAACUUUUGGCUGUCGGUGACACGGGCGGGACGUCGCGAGGCCGGCAAGUACCAGUGCACCGCUGUCCUGUGGAGGAAGAACUACGACAACAGCUGGAGCAGAGUGGCCAACCGCACUUCCAACCUGCUCGGAAUCAGCGUCCUGCAACCAGAAAGUAACCUGCGAGUGCAAAAGACCAACCAGUCCCUGGUCCACCUGGAGGACAGCCGGGUCAGGAUCAAUUGCUCCAUCAGCUCUCAGACCGCUCAGGACUCCCAGCAUGCCGUGCUGUGGUACGUGAGACGAGCCGCAGGGUCGGAGGCCGACGAGCUCCUGCUGAGGAUCGAGCGAUCGGGCGCCCUGGAGUACGGCACGUACGCCGACGAGGAGAGGCUGCGGCGGCGCGUGCAGGCGGAGAGGCUGUCGCCCCGCCUGUACGCUCUGACGCUGAACAGGGCGGAGAGCAGCGACUCUGGCACCUAUUACUGCCUGGUGGAGGAGUGGCUGAGUGACCCAGAUGGAGCCUGGUACCGCCUCUCACGGGACACGUCUGGCUUCAGCAAGGUUCUGGUGAGACAGCCAGAGGCGCGGCUGCAGGUGGAGGAGGCGGAGUCAAACGUGACGGUGUCAGUGGGGUCCAUCCGACUGGGCUGCAGCAUCCCCUCCCAGUCCUCCCGAGACUCCCGCUUCUCCGUGUCCUGGUACGUGGAGCGCCCCCAGGACCAGUACGAGGAGCUGCAGCCGGGCCAAGAAGAAGAAGAAGAAGAAGAAGAAGGAGGCCAGCGCGAGUGCGUCUUCUCCAUUGGACACGACGCCAUUUUCGGCAACGGCAUACUGCAGCCCCCGAGAGGAGGCGGGGCCCAACUCCGGCUGCAGUUCGAGAGGACAACGUCGGAGCAGUACAGUCUGACCAUCCAGGAAGCUCGGCCCACGGACGCCGGGCGCUACUACUGCCACGUGGAGGAGUGGCUGCUCAGCCCUCGCAAGGCCUGGUACCGCCUGGCCACCAACAACUCUGGCAUCAUCUCUGUCAGCGUGCUGCAGCAAGGUGAGUCACACACCACCUGCUCCUGUGGGCUCCCUCAAAGUAUACACGCCAUCGUAGAUAACCAUCCCACAGUAUCAAAAAGCACCUGCUUGGCUCAGACCUAUUUCCUCUUCCUGUUCGCUGCAAAGCCUUCUGGGUAA